AUGGAUAAGCCAAAACGGCUCUAUCUCUCAGCUGUACAACCAAAGGAUCUCGUUGACGCUCUCCAAGAAAAGCCCCCUCGCGCACUGACGAUCAAUGGUAAGGUGUCACAACAUCAAUGGUCAUGGAAACAAGAUUUGGGGUUUUCUGGUAUUAAAAUAGAUCGAUAUUGGAACGGUGACAUUCUCAUUAGUGAUUCUAGUAGGAGAUGUUGGGGUGGUACAGCAUGCAUACUACCAAAAUUAAAAUUACAUAAGCGACACAUUGCUCAAGGUUGCAUAUCCGCAUACCACUUUCGUCGAAACCCAUUCAAUCCUUCUCCUGCUACAAAUGACUAUAAGAGAUCUAUCGUCCAACUUCUCACACAAUACGUACCAUUUCUCACAAAAGAUGUAGUACCAUCAACCGCAGCUUCGCCCAAAAUCAAGGUAUUCAAAAUUCCGCUCAAGUGA